CCGAAUUUAUUUCCGAGCGCUAAUCCACACACGUCUCGAGUUUGUUUCUCUUUUACCUAGUUAAUCGCCCUUUCCGAAUGUCGUUUGGACGGCCUCCUGGAAUUACGGGCAUACUGGUCACCCCUCCCGAUAGAGGGUCAUUUCCACUGGACCAUGACGCGGAAUGCAAGAGCUUCAUGAUGGUUUAUCUCAAAUGUCUCAAAGACAACAAGUCUCAAAAUGGUGCGUGUCGACCUCAGAGUAAGGACUAUUUGGAAUGCCGAAUGCAAAAAGGUCUAAUGGAACGCGAUGACUGGACUAAUCUCGGUCUUUCUAAUGUUUCUUCCUCGACAACAUUCCCGAAUUCUUCCACAACUGCGUCGUCUUCCCAACCUCGAGGGUCAUGACAUGCCCACUGCUCAAUCACACAGUCACCCGAACUCACAACUCCCCGCUCUCUUGGAUUUAUUUACUACUGUACAUUUAGUCUCUGGUAUCGCACUCUCUGCUGUAUUCGUUCUUCCGCAGCAUCGACGGGCGGUUUCAUCAGUCACUCGUUGAAGAAUUCGAAAGGAUCAUCCUUCUUGUGAAUUGCGCGAUGAUAGCUCUCUUCAGUUUGGAUAGAAUGGAACGUGACGU